UUUUCCGAUCGAGCAGUUUGAGUUCUCGUCGUGGAGGACAUUUGGAUUAUUUAUGAACGAAAUCAUAACAAAAACAAACAAGUCUGGUUAAGUUGUUCUGCCCCUGUCAAGCUUAUAAAGCACAAUUGCCAAGCGGGAAACUAAACCAGCUGAGGAGGUCAUUCGUCAAUCAAUAUAACCUCGUAAAGUUGUACCCCCAAUAGGUUUGAAUAUUGAAAACAAACAAUGGCCGAAAAAUUAGAAGAUCUCAAUCUGCCUCUGGCCUCAGUUACUAAGCUAAUAAAGGACGCCCUACCGAAGAACGUGAUGUUAGGCAAGGACACCAAAGAAGCCAUUUCUAGAGCUGCUUCGGUUUUUGUGCUCUACGUGACCUCUCAGGCCUCCCAGGAGGCCCAGAGGCAGAGCAGGAAGACCCUGCAGGGCACCGACGUUAUUAAGGCCUUGGAAGAGCUGGAGUUCGGGGAGUUUAUUGAGCCCCUGCAAGAGGUUCUGAAGGAAAUGAAGGAAACCAAAGAGAAAAAGAAAGCCUCCCCUAAACCGCGUAAAUCCUCCACAGGUGCCAAAGAACCCGAAGAAGAACCCAUGGAGGCCGACAACGACGAACACUAAUAUAGGGACUCAAGUCUCUAUGUACAUAUUCCUAUUUAUUUGUAUACUUUUAUAAUAAACUACUUCACGGUGA